AUGUGGGUCCAGCUGUUCACUGGAGGCUCCAUGCGCCAACCGAGAUAUCUUCUGGUGGUUCCCCAGAUCGAAUCGAAACGCGUGCAGUACCGCAAGUAUUUGGAGCGUGCCGGAGUCAUCGAUGCUUUGAGCAAGGCCCUGAUCAAGCUGUACGAGGAGCAGAAUAAGCCCGAGGAUGCCAUUCGCUUUGUGCGCAAGUUCAUGUGCGAGAGCUGCCCGGAUGACGCCCAGUACGAUGUGAUGAAGAACGACCUGGAGGAGGCCAAGACGCACAUCUCGAAGCUGGAGCAGGAACUAGAACGGCUACGCGGUCAAAUCAAAAAGUCACCGGAGGAGUACCAAGAGCUCACCACCGAAGGCUACAAAUCGCUUAUGGACGACGAGGAGAACGUCAGCUCGAUGCUGCGCAAAUAUCUAACGCCGGAACUUUUGGAGGAGUACAUGCUGGUCACCACGCCGGCGCCAGUGGACGCUUAUCUGUACGAUUGCGCCGUUUCCGGAUUCGAGCACCACGAUGCGCCCGUGGGCGUCUAUGCGGCGGAUGCCGACAGCUACGACGUGUUCAACAAGCUCUUCGAUCCGAUCAUCAAGGACUAUCACGGCCAGAUGGACAACGAGAACGAUGUGCUGCAGAAGGAUCCGGACUUUGGCAACGUGGACGAGAUCGAGAACCUGGACCCGGAGCGCAAGUACAUCCUAUCCGCUCGCAUUCGUUUGGCCCGCAAUAUCGAGGGCCUGCCCUUCUUCCCCAAACUCACCGAGAAACAGUUCAUCGAGGUGGAGGAGAAGGUGCGUGCGGCCACGGAGACGAUGGAUGGCGAGCUGAUUGGGUCCUAUUUGACAAUGGCUGAUAUAGAUGCCGAAACUCAGGCCGAGAUGGUCAAGCGACAUAUACUUUUUCAGCGUGGUGAUGAGAAGCUGACCACCGCCGGCUGCUAUCGAUUCUGGCCCACCGGUCGCGGUGUCUAUCACAAUCCCGCCGAGACCUUCUUGGUUUGGGUGAAUCGUCAGGACCAUGUGCACAUCAUGUCGAUGGCUCAGUGCGGCGACCUGGGUGAUGUCUACAAUCGCCUGGUCAAUGGGCUAACUGAACUGGAGAAGACCCUGGCCUUUGCGCGGCAUCCGCGGUACGGAAACCUAACUGCUUGUCCCACCAAUUUGGGCACCACCCUGCGUGCCUCGGUGCAUAUUCGUUUGCCGCUGCUCAGCAAGGAUCCCGACCGUCUAAUCGCACUCGCCGAGGAGCUGCAACUGCAAGUACGCGGCACCGAUGGCGGCGAACUGGCCACCGUGGAGGAUGGCGUCAUGGAUAUAUCAAAUAAGCGGAAACUGGGCUUCACCGAAUUCGAGCUUGUGAAGACUCUGCAGGACGGCGUUGUGGCGCUGAUCAACGCGGAGGAAGAGCUUGAAAUCGCCGGACAGGAGGGUUAGAAAAG